ACUGAUGGCAGUGUGUAACCUGCUCCUUGGCUUGCAAAACAGUGCAAGAAACUGUACAGCUUGUUACAGAGAUGAGUUUUGACUUACGUGGGAAGAGGAAAGGAGACUGUAAUGCUCGAUCCAAAGGAGACACCUGCACCAUGGUCCAAAACAAUGCUCUCCUUGUGCUGGAAGCUUUGCCUAGUAGACUUUUUCCAAUGAUUUGUUGCCUUUACAUGUUAUCUCUUUCCCUGUGCCGGGUUGAGUAACCUAGUGUUGGAGGUAGCUGUGCUCUGAGCAGGGGUCAGGCCAUGUGACCUGCUGGGAUCCUUUCCAAACUAAAUUAUUCCUUGAUUCUGUGAAACUGUUUGGAAACAAGGGUGACAGUUCUGGGUCUGACACGUGGCACCGGGUCUGACGGCUCCCUGUUCCCAGAAACCCAUUGGUGGCUGGACUGGCAGAGAGCUGCAGAAAGGCUCAAGAGCAGCUGCUUGGACUUUGAGGAGUAUGGCUGGCACUGCAAGGACUUGAAAACCUGGGACUUUCUGAGCUGUGGGAGCUGAAAGCCAACUGCAAAGACUAUUCAAAGGACAAGGAAACCUGCAUGGGUGUCAACAAUCAAAGUUACAUAUGUGAAACGGGCCACUGUUGUGGACAAUCCCAGUGUUGCAACUACUACUAUGAACUCUGGUAUGAGUUUCAACCUGCUCUGGUUCCCUCAAACCAGUUCAGACCGCAGUUGUGGCACAAGAAGAGAUAGAAGAGGCAGCAGGAGGUAUGAAAGAGGCAGAAGAGGAUCUGUUCUGGAUGACACUGUUAAACUCAAUGCAUCCAGGUUCUGGUACCAACUCUUAGCAGAGAAAACAUCGCUAACUCAGCAGGGGAUGCUGAAAACAUCAAGGUAUAGUAAAGGGUUUUGGCUGGUGUGGACCAUCAUCAUCAUCCUCAGCUGCUGUUGCGUUUGCCAUCACCGACGCACCAAGCAUCGUCUCCAGGCCCAGCAGCGGCAACAUGAGAUCAACCUGAUCGCAUACCGGGAAGCCCAUAACUAUUCAGCCCUGCCAUUUUAUUUCCGGUUUUUGCCAAAUUAUUUACUACCUCCCUAUGAGGAAGUGGUGAACCGACCGCCGACCCCACCACCGCCAUACAGUGCCUUACAUCAGCAGUGCGUCCCAGCAGGCAGCAGUAGCACAGUCCCAGACACGCCAAGAAACCUACAGCCAGCACAGAGCAGCUCAGCAGCACCCAGUGGCAAUAACAGCAGUACUGACCACCCCGGGUCCCCCGGCCUCGGGGAUCCCGAGCCCUCCACCACCACACUUGAGAGAGCAGUUGCCAAAAUGCAAAGCAUUGAGCCUGGUGGUACCAGCACAGGAGCCGAGCUGGUGGAGAGGGCCAGUCCCGAUAAGGAUACUGAGUGCAAGGAGGAACUGCUCAAAGGUUACAGCUCUGAGAGCUUAGAGCAGAGCAGCGCCAUUCCCGAUGCGAAGGACAAGACGCCGGGCAGGCAGCGCCGCUUCACUGGCGACUCGGGCAUCGAAGUCUGUGUAUGCAACCGGGGCCAUCACGACGAUGACCUCAAGGAGUUUGAUGGGCUCAUUGAUGAUGCUCUGGAUGGGCCCCUGGACUUCUGUGACAGCUGCAGUGGCCGUCCCAAUGGGGAUGAGGAGGAAGGGCUUUUUAAUGCCACAGAGGAGCAGCACCGUGAACACAGCCACCACCACCUGCCCCGGCAGCCGGUGUGUGUACUCUUGAACACAAUAAAUGAGCAGGACUCUCCAAACUCUUGUACCAGUAACUCCCCCAGCUAAGGUGGCAGAGUGGAAGGGAGAAAAAACACAAAGAAAUGAGAGUGGAAUAAGAGGAUAACAACUUUAAUAGGAGGAAAAAAGGUGAUACAACCUUUUAUUAGUUUAUUUCUGUUUCUCCCCCUCCAAUAUAAUUCGAGGAUUAGUCCUCGAAGGCCCGGCGUGUGGGGGACGGGUCGCUCGGGGUUUUGUUAAUCAUGUCUGUCCUGCUCCGCAGGGCAGGGACUGGUGUUUCUCAAUGAGACCUUCUAACAAAUGGAAUUUUCCCAAUGGUGAUUUUGGUGAUGGUUAUUACGAGUUUGUUGGUUUUAGUUUUCUGAAAACACUGCUUUAUCUCGCAAUCAGUAAAGCUCAGCAGAUCUCACCCUGGGAGGAUACAAAAUCACCGUCAGGCUUCAACCUCCAGGUGUCUUCCCAGAAGCAAGCAGCUUCUGACAGUGCUGGCAGUCAGUAGCCCAAGAGUUCUGGUUUGAUAUAGUGCUCUUGAGGUAUUGGGGAUUUCUUUUCGUUUUAGCUUUUAUUUUGUGUGUGUGUGUGUGUGUGCGUGCACAUGUGUGUAUAAAGUUUUCCUGAAGCUGAUGAAUGCCUGAACACGUCAGCCCUAUAACCUCUGGUGCUUCAGUGUUUAAGACAGCAGGUAGGAAAUUUCCCACUUGAAGCUGGUGACUGAAGGACCAGUUUCUUCCAGAAGGAGUGUUAGUCUGCCAUGAGCAGUUUGAAAAGAAAGGCUUUGCAGAAAUUUGCCUUUAUAUGUCAUUUUUAAAGACAAGCGUAUUCCUUCAAUGCCUCCAAGAGCACAGUUAGAAGUAGAAUCCAGGCAGCUGGGCUGCCUUCCAAGUACUGUGGUCUCCAAAGGACCUUUUCCCGGUGUGCUGCAAAAGGGCUUGGCUUUAUUUUGUUCCUUUCUUUGCACCCCGACAGCAGCCCACUGGAGUUAAGAUGACAAAAAAGAACAGGGCUCUCUUUGGCCAGCGUGCCUUCAAGCUUCAGCGAUGCAUGUUGAACAAAUGGAGACGAGAGCUCCGUCCAUUGUGAAGGGAUGACUUACCGUGUAGAGGUGGAAGACCUGUGCAGUAUUUUUGUUUGAAAUCCAAAUGUUGGGUGUGAUUCUAAUGUUGACCACUUCAAAGAAAUGAAUGUCUGUUUUCUUUCUGUUUUUAUGGUGCCAACUGGCUACUGUACAAUGUCUGUGAGCGUGUGUGUGUGUGUGACUGCAAUCCAUGCAUGCAAGUCCUACUGGUAAUAUGAAAACCUGCUGUAAGACUGCAAGAAAAUUUACUGUAGCUUUGCUUUAAUAAACGGUAGAGAUUUUGUUAGUGACAACCUGAAGGAAAAACAAAGAGCUUGAAACUAACAUUCCCUAGCGUGCUCAUGUGGAAGAGAGCACAGUUCACACUAUGUAUCUUGUUCUUGGGUUUUCUCCCCGGCCCUUUUAUAAUUAUGGUCAUCCUGAUCGUUACUGUUAUGGGGGGGGAAAGGAAGAUUGAAAACUGAACUCAGACAUACUCAGAUUUGAUUGAUUGAAAACCAAAAUCAGUUUUAAAUAAGGUGGAAACCAAAAUAUAAUGCCUUUUCUGAUAA